UGCUCUCUUCAUCUUAAGAAGAAUCAAUCCUCCACACUCAGCUUUCCUCACUUUUUCCUUCCCACCCCCCCUGCUCUCUGACUUCCAAUUUGCAACCUCCACUCCCCCCCCCACAUCCUUCCAUCCAGUCUCUACUUCCUCUUUUCCCAACUCAUAAAUUUAAUUUAAUUCCAACCUCUUAGAAAUUUCAGCUCCCAUCCAAAAAAUAAUUUUGUGUAACCAACAACCGUUACAACGAGCUUAUUUAUCGGCAAUGCCGCCUCGACUUGAAUCUGUCGCAGAAGCCGACUCUGAUAACGAUUUCAGCGUUGAGGGGUCUGACUCCGAGGGAACUCCGGAUACCUCGCUCACUUACAACCCGGGCGAGAUUCUUAACGAAGCAGAUUGGCAGAGGAGAAGCAUCAGUGAUCUUUGUCGUAUGCUAUUUUUUUUCCCCACCCUUUAGCUCAUGCCCGUACUAAUAUUACUCUUUUUAGUUCUGAUCGGAACCGAAUAUCUUGACACCAAUCCAAGUUACCAACGCGAUGUUGUCUGGACUCCUGAGCGUAUGAGUAAGCUCAUUCAAUCAGUAUUGGGUAUGCAAUCACCCCACAAAAAUAAAUAUGCGGAUAUUCAAGGCUCGAUUGAAUAAUUAUCUUUAUUUUAAAUGUUUACUAAACCCGUCCCUGUCUUACAGCAAACUUCUACAUUCCACCAGUAAUUUUCAACGUUAUCAAGUUUACAGAAGACGGGAAAGAGAGAUAUCGUCGCAUUUGUAUCGAUGGCAAACAGCGACUUACAUCUAUCAAGCGCUUCGUUGAGGGCAGAAUUCCUGUUUUCGACAAUAAAAACCAAAAAUGGUAAGUCUCUACACUUGCAACUGAAAUACUUCAUAAAUAUACCUAUCGUCGGUACUAAUUUCUAUAUCGGCUGGUAGGUUUUUCGACGAUCUCAGUACUGGCAAAUCUUCGAAGAAUAUCUUAUCCGAGGAUAUUAAGGCCCGCUUUCUUCAAACUGACAUACUCUGUGUCGAGUACGAUUCACUCGGCCCGGAGCAAGAAGAAGACCUCUUUUCCAGGGUUCAAUUAGGUGUGCCUCUAACACCAGCAGAAAAGCUUAGGGCUAGUACUGGUGAAUGGCAAACACUGGCUUCAGAAAUCGAAAAAGAUUACGCAAACCUUAUGAAAUGUAGGAGUCUUUAUACCAAUCUGUCAAAGAUAUUACUACUAAUACUAAUAUCACGUAUUAUAGCUGUCGACAACAAGCGUGCCCGGUGUUUCCAACUCAUACUUCAAAUAUUUAAGCAGAUGAGUUACUACGAGGAAGGAAAACCAGCCACGUUUAAUUCUGGGCCCAGCGCGUUGAAAAAGUUUUGUCAGAACACAUCCCUUUUAACACCCGAAUUUAGAUUGGAAGUUAGUCGAGUUUUCGACACCUACGCAGAGGUUUAUGAGCAGUAUCCGAUGACUUUUCAGAACAACGGAUACAAAAUCGCUACCAAAUAUUCUCCAAUUGAAUUUGUUGCAGUGGCUAUUCUAAUCUACACUCAUCCCGAGAGACAGCCCUUAAAGCUCAUAAAUGGAGAUAUUCUCGAAUUAAGAUCCUUUGUCAGACAAUCCCGUCAAGACUUGCGUAGUAACAGCGCUACCUGGUCUGUCUUCAUGAAUUGGAUCAGCAAUGUUGAGGUUUAUCGCGGGGGAAUCAACACAGUUCGAGUUGGGCGCACAGUCGCGAAUCCAUUUACCGGUCCAGAUGCGAACCGGCAUGCAGGUCGAGUUUCACGUCGGCUUGCGGAGCCUGCUUCAGAGUCAGUCUCGGCUCCAGUGGCCGAUAUGAGCAACACAAUUGUUGUUCAGCCGAGGGACACAGUGAACCCGACUUCAACUUUGAUGAGAUCUCCCCCCCGUAUGCCUCGUAUCGGGAACCUUGGGCCUGGUGAGUCAUCGUCCUCCACCGGAACAAAACGCCUUCCUCCCCGUACGACAGGAUUACAAUUGCCAUUUCCACCCACCUCCUCUUCUUCUAUGGAUAGGAUACAGGGUCGUGCCGAGGCAGAUGCUACUAGGCCGAGAAAACGUACCCGCGGUGAGGAUGAUAGCAACGGCGGGCGCCGUAUCAAGGAAGAAAAGCUUAAGGAGCCAGAGCGUAUCGGACCCUUUACCAACAUUUAAGUUUCCUUCGUUCGCUUUCUUUCAUUCAUUUAUGGUCCUACAUGAUUCUCAUUCUUGUGUCCUAAAGGUGAAAACGGAGUUUUCAUAUUAUUUUUUUCUCCAGUGCUGCACACCGCUUCCAUGUUUUCUGCAUUCACCUUAUAGUUGUUACUGCAAUAGGCUUCCGAAGGCAUCUGCCGAGUAUGUUAUCUUGAGCUAAAUAGAGAUAACCAUACAACGAGAUAGUUAGCAAUGAUGAUUUUACAGCAAACAGGAAAAUGAACCUCCUUGAGAAUAAUUAAAUGCAGUGA